AUGGCACCUACUCUGAGGUUCUGCGUGGCCCUGGCCCUGCUCUCCGGCCUAGUGGCCUCCAGCUUCCCGAGAAGCCCUUUCCAGCAGCUCAGGAAACGAAGCCUACCAGAAGCGGUGGUCGACGGCAUUGAGGUCUACAGCACCAAGAUCAGCUGCAAGGUGACCUCUCGCUUUGCUCACAAUGUUGUCACCACGAGGGCUGUCAAUCGUGCAGAAACAGCCAAGGAGGUUUCUUUUGAUGUGGAGCUGCCCAAGACAGCCUUCAUCACCAACUUCACCUUGACCAUUGAUGGUGUUACCUACCCUGGGAACAUCAAAGAGAAGGAAGUCGCCCAAAAACAAUAUGAAAAGGCUGUGUCCCAGGGCAAGACAGCUGGUUUGGUCAAGGCCUCUGGCAGGAAGCUGGAGAAGUUCACCGUCUCGGUUAAUGUGGCUGCAGGCAGUAAGGUUACCUUUGAGCUUACCUACGAGGAGCUGCUGAAGAGACAUAAGGGCAAGUACGAGAUGUACCUCAAGGUCCAGCCCAAGCAACUGGUCAAGCACUUUGAGAUUGAGGCAGAAAUCUUCGAGCCCCAGGGCAUCAGCAUGCUGGACGCUGAGGCCUCUUUCAUCACCAAUGAUCUUUUGGGCAGUGCCCUCACCAAGUCCUUCUCAGGGAAAAAGGGCAGGGUGUCUUUCAAGCCCAGCUUAGAACAACAGCGCUCAUGCCCAACCUGCACAGACUCCGUCCUCAACGGGGAUUUCACCAUCACCUAUGAUGUGAACCGAGAGUCUCCAGCUAAUGUACAGAUAGUCAAUGGCUAUUUUGUGCACUUCUUUGCACCUCAAGGGCUUCCAGUGGUGCCUAAGAAUGUGGUCUUUGUGAUUGAUAUCAGUGGUUCCAUGGCUGGUCAGAAAAUAAAGCAGACAAGAGAUGCCCUCCUCAAAAUCCUGGAUGAUAUGAAGGAGGAUGACUACUUGAACUUCAUACUGUUUAGUAGUGAUGUGACCACUUGGAAAGACAACUUAGUCCAAGCCACUCCUGAGAACCUCCAGGAGGCCAGGGCAUUUGUGAGGAAAAUUCGUGAUGAUGGAAUGACCAACAUGAAUGAUGGGCUGCUGAGAGGCAUCAGUAUGCUGAACAAGGCCCGGGAAGAACAUGCUGUACCAGAGAGGAGCACUUCCAUUGUCAUCAUGUUGACAGAUGGGGACGCCAACUUUGGUGAAAGCAGACCUGAGAAAAUCCAAGAGAAUGUGCGAAAUGCUAUCAGGGGCAAAUUCCCCUUAUAUAACUUGGGCUUUGGCAAUAAUCUGAAUUAUAACUUCUUGGAAAGUAUGGCCCUGGAAAACCAUGGGCUUGCCCGGCGCAUUUAUGAGGAUUCUGAUGCCAACUUGCAAUUGCAGGGCUUUUAUGAGGAGGUGGCCAACCCACUGUUGACAGGCGUGGAGUUGGAGUACCCUGAGAACGCCAUCCUGGACCUCACCCAGAACAAUUACCAGCACUUCUAUGAUGGUUCCGAGAUUGUGGUGGCUGGACGUCUGAUGGACGAGGACAUGAACAGCUUUACAGCAGGCGUGAAGGGUCAUGGGGCUCUCAAUGACCUGACCUUCAAGGAGGAGGUGGAUGUGAAGGAGAUGGAGAAGGCCUUGCAGGAGCAGGACUACAUUUUUGGGAACUACAUCGAGAGGCUCUGGGCCUACCUUACCAUUGAGCAGCUACUGGAGAAGCGCAAGAAUGCCCAAGGAGAGGAGAAGGAGAACCUCACGGCCCAGGCCCUGGAGCUGUCCCUCAAGUACCAUUUUGUGACUCCUCUGACUUCCAUGGUGGUGACCAAGCCCGAAGACAAUGAUGACCAGACUGCCAUUGCCGACAAACCUGGGGAAGGUGAGCAGAGAGCGGAGGCCAGAGCCAAGUCUGUGACCCCCUCCAUGGCCUACAUGCACCGCUACCAGGCCCCACAAAGACCCUACUACUACGUGGAUGGAGACCCUCACUUCAUCAUCCAAGUCGCAGAGACAGACGAUGCCAUUUGCUUCAACAUUGAUGAAGACCCAGGCACGGUGCUGCGCCUCAUCCAGGACCCAGUCACAGGCCUCACAGUUAAUGGACAGAUAAUUGGAGACAAGAGACCCAGCCCUGACUCCAAGAUCAGAAAGACUUACUUUGGAAAACUGGGGAUUACCAACACUCAGAUAGCUCUUCGGAUUGAGGUGACAACUGAGAAAAUCACCCUGUGGAAUGGGGCUGCACAGAGCACUUUCAAUUGGCUGGACACCGUCACUGUCACACAGGAUGGGCUGUCUGUGACAAUCAACAGGAAGAAGAAUAUGCUAGUCUCCUUUGGAGAUGGGGUUACCUUUGUGAUUGUCCUGCACCAAGUUUGGAAGAAAAAUCCUGUCCACCAUGACUUUCUGGGCUUCUAUGUGGUGGACAGUCACCGAAUGUCAGUGCAGACACACGGGUUGCUAGGACAAUUCUUUCACCCCUUUGACUUUAAAGUGUCUGACAUCCACCCAAGCUCUGAUCCUGCAAAGCCAGAUGCCACAAUGGUAGUGAAGAACCAUCGGUUGAAAGUAACCAGGGGCUCCCAGAAAGACUACAGGAAGGAUGCCAGCAGUGGCCUGAAUGUCACCUGCUGGUUUGUCCACAACAAUGGAGAAGGGCUGAUUGAUGGUGUUCACACUGACUACAUUGUUCCCAACUUGUUUUGA